GCUAAGCUGUCACGGCCGCCCAAUCGCGGAGCGCGUUCCAUGUUCAUAUAAGAGAGCCCAGAGGGAGUCGCUGCGGGUCGCGGGCUCAGUAAGGUGAUAUCGCUCUAUCUCUCGCUGUCUGUUCUCCAUUGACCAGGAGCGUUCUGUCUGUCGGCCAGCGCUGCGAGGCGGGCGGGCAUCUCACGUUGUGUCCGGGCACUCUGCGGGCUCCUGGGAGCGAGCACAGAUUUACAGAAGCUUCUUGAUUUUCUGCAUUUAAAAAAAAAAAAAAAAUCUAAAAAUGGAUGAACUGCAAGACGUCCAGCUUACAGAGAUAAAGCCUCUUCUCACAGACAAGAAUGCCGGACGAAGCUUUGAAGACUUUGAUGGCCAGGAACAUGACAUUGAAACUGCACAUGGUGUCUUACAUGUUACUAUGCGUGGCAGCCAUAAACCAAAGAGACCCGUUAUUGUGACAUACCAUGACAUUGGCUUGAAUCACAAAUCCUGCUUCAAUUCAUUUUUUAACUUCGAAGAUAUGAGUGAUAUCACACAACAUUUUGCCGUCUGCCACAUUGAUGCACCUGGUCAGCAGGAAGGUGCUCCAGCUUUUCCAACUGGGUACCAGUACCCUACAAUGGAUGAAUUGGCUGAAAUGGUAUCUGCAGUUUUAACACACUUACAGUUUAAAAGCAUUAUUGGAAUUGGAGUUGGAGCAGGUGCCUAUGUACUAGCCAAGUUUGGUCUGAAUUUUCCAAACUUGGUUGAGGGUCUUGUACUAGUUAACAUUGACCCAUGCUCAAAGGGAUGGAUUGACUGGGCUGCUUCCAAGCUUUCUGGAUGGACCUCAAAUGUAGUGGAUAUUGUCCUUUCUCACAUUUUCGGUCCGGAUGAACUUCAGUCCAACCUGGAUUUAAUCCAAACCUACAGAAUGCAUAUUGCUCAAGACAUUAACCAAGAGAACCUGCAGCUAUUUUUGAAUUCCUAUAAUGGCCGCAAAGACUUGGAAAUUGAGAGACCAGUUUUUGGUUCCACUGAUGCAGGAACAACACUAAAGUGUCCUGUGUUAUUGGUGGUUGGUGAUUAUAGUCCUGCAGUUGAUGCUGUGGUUGAAUGCAAUUCCAGACUAGAUCCAACAAAGGCAACACUGCUUAAGAUGGCAGAUUGCGGUGGAUUGCCACAAGCAGUCCAGCCUGCAAAGCUGGCCGAAGCACUCAAGUACUUUAUUCAAGGCCUGGGAUAUAUGCCCACCGUUGCUUUGACAAGACUUGCACGUUCUCGCACAGCUUCAGCCUCCAGUUGCGGCUCAACAGAGAUUCCACGUAGCCGCUCUCAAACCAGCAAUUCCCAACUUGAAACCACCCCUGGCACUGCUUUGAAUGCCGACACUCCUCAAACCGUGGAAUUAUCCUGUUAAGCAGCGUUUUGUUUGAAUAACGGACCCAUCCAGUUAUUAAAGUUUCAUAACUUUGAAAAUAUCCUGUUCAUUCCGUGAAAUUUAUGAACAUGUAACUUGUGCAUGACCACGCUAUAUAUUUAUUGGUUAGUCUAGAGGUUUCAUAGCACUUAUUUUUCUGUAAAGAGCUAACAUGUUUGUAGCAUUCCUAAUGUAAAAUAAUAAAACUAAUGUCCAUUCGGCUGUUUGGUACAGUAGAUACAAUUUCCAGAUGUGCAUUUUUCUCGUUUUCCUCCCUAAAUCUUUACUCUCGAAAAACCCAGUUGAAAAUGUACUAACUAGUUCUUUUGUGUGUGUGGAUUAUGAGCUGAAAUUUUUCAUUGAAAUAUAUAUUAUACUUCCCACCCCCAUCCUAAGUUGUAUGUACUAUAAUGAAUGCUCACUGCCAGGACAGACUAGAACUAAUCUGAGCCAUUUACCAUUUUAAAGAUCUCAUGAAUUCAUACAUAUAUAAUCUAAACUUUAAUAAAGCUGUUAUA